GAGGCCGCCUCCCAUGCUGCUGGGGCAUCUGUGCACCCGACCUGCACCCUGUUCCCGUGAGGCUGGGGACCAAGAGGCCCGUGCUCAAGUGUCCUGAUGGGACACUCAGAGACCUUCCCAGGUGCCUCUACUUGUUCUCUAAAGAGUUUUUUCUUCUGAAGCUGUUUAAUGGCAGAAGCAGCUUCUGUCCCUUCAGGAUGGGAGAGGGGGCGGGCUUCCUGCCCAGGGACGGAGCCCAUGUGGGACCGGGGGAGGGGCGGACCCUGGGCUGGGGCAGCAGGCGCCCCACCAGCACCCCUGACACUUGUAUUUGUUUAUUUCUUUUUUUUUUUUUUUAAGAUUUUAUUUAUUUAUUUGACAGAGAGAGACACAGCGAGAGAGGGAACACAAGGGGAGUGAGAGGGGGAAGCAGGCUCCCCACCGAGCAGGGAGCCCGAUGUGGGGCUCGAUCCCAGGACCCCGGGAUCAUGCCCUGAGCUGAAGGCAGAGGCUUAACCCACUGAGCCACCCAGACGCCCCUAUAUUUCUGAACAGUGUUUCCUCCAUAGCAGAGUUUAUAACAAGUAAAGGAAUCUGCUGUUUGCACUCACCAGUGGUGAGUGUUAAACACGCCUUUCCUUUUCAAAUCCAUGUAUGAGUUGAAAGUUUUUCCAAUUAAAAGAAAAAGGGGAUAUUUGUGGACUGUAACUAGAUGAUACAGUGAUUAAGGUAGGAGAGAAAUGUGAAAACAGCCGAGAUGUCCUUGAAGGAAUUGUCCUCAGGACGGGUGUCCCUAUGGAAAGUCACGCCGCCUGCCAGCCUGCGGGGUCGGUGACGGUCUGCGGGGGAGGAGUGCAGGGCCUCGAGAGGCCAAGUGAUCUGGGGGGUUUUGUGCUCCAUGACCCGACUGGGAAGAGGAUGGAGCGUGGAACACACGGAGCGCUCAGCCGGCCACCGGGAAAACUGAUACACGGAGAUUCCCAGCGUCACCACGAUUCCGGACGGGUGGGAGGCCGACGGGGGCUCUGCCGUGAAGGUGGGAGGCGGGGAGCCGUCCGCGCCUGGAGAUGGGCGGGCCUUUCGGGGAGGAUGCCCGGCCAGGGGCCCGCUCGUGCGAGGCGGAGGUCAGUGAUGGCGGGAGGCCCACGGACGGCCCAGACGCCAGCCACGGACCCAGAGGGCGGGUUCUCACUGGCUCCGAGGGCUGCUCCUGGAGCUCAUCAGGAAAGCGGCGAGAAAGGAAAAGAAGAACAGGAUGGAAGCGAGUUAGGACAGAAAAUGCAGAUUCAACACGUUGGGAGCAGUCGGGCGGCCUCAUGUGGGGAGUGCGCGGGGUGGUGGGGGCCGGAAGUGCAGCUCGUUCCCCCGGACAGGAUGGGUGGACAGAGUGUCGACAAGUGCCAUGAGGCACUGGUGAGCUUCCCGACACCAGGACCCCACGUGCCCCCUGUGCCCCCCACCACUCACGGCCAGGAACGAGCAGUCACGGCCUACGGAGACCUUUCUUGUGACCCAGGAGAGCAUCUCGGAGCUGGGCAGGGCGUCUUGUGCUCCUGUGCUCUGUCCGUCCUUCUGUCUGUCAAGCUAAUGAACAGAGGAGGCCAAAGCAGUGGUGCGAGAGCGGAGCCGUGCCCCUGACCGUCCGCCUGCACCGAGCACGUGCUCUGCUCCGCGGCCGUCUCUCCCGCGUUGUGCCGUCCAGUGGAAGGAACCGGCGCUCGGCUUUGCCGCCAGAAGCGAACAGCGGUCACAGCGGUCAUUAAUCGCGCUGGGUAGCGCCGGGGCGGGUGGAGGGAGCCGUCUUCGUGCUCGCUGUGAGCGGAGGUGGCUGGGAGGAGGCUGCCGGCUGGCGCACUUGGUGUGUGCCAGUGUCCGUGCAAGAGUAGGGAAGGGACCAUGGUCGAUUGAAAAAAGGUGGAAAAGAUGUUCCCACGCGGCCGGCGCCUCCCUUACCUCACACCUCACGGUGCUUUUGUGCCUCGGAAAUGUGGAAACGGGCCGAUACCUGAACGCGUCAGAGUCAGCGCAGGCGUCCGUCCUGCUGGGAGGGGUUGUGGAAGCGCCAGGCCAAGGGCCCGGCCAGCAGUCCUGCCCUUGCGUCCCCACCCGGCGACCCCCAAGAGCCCCACGCCCGGCCCUCGUUCUUCCCGCACGCAGGCUACACUUCCCCCCAGAUGCGGUUUCCACGCUGCGUGGGCCCACUGGGCAGGACACAGUGGUGUCUCAUGCGUGUCCGUGUGGAGAGGGCCGCGUGUGUCUGGUGGGCGUGUGUCGUGGUCACUGCUGCUCGGGAGCACGUGGAAGGCGCGUGCACGGGGCAUGUGGCAGAAGGGAGGCUGAUUGCCUGGUGUGACGGUAAUGUUGUCU